AUGACAUCCAACGCCAACACAUCGACAACCGAUCGCUCAUUGCGUUCAGUAUUUGUUGGGAACAUUCCGUACGACGCGACCGAAGAGAAGCUGAAGGAUAUCUUCUCAGAAGUGGGUCCAGUGAUCAGCUUUAAGUUGGUGUACGACAGAGAGUCGGGGAAACCGAAAGGCUAUGGCUUUUGUGAAUACAAGGAUCAGGAGACGGCUCUGUCGGCGAUGAGGAAUCUCAACCAAUACGAGCUCAACGGACGCAACCUGAGGGUCGACAACGCCACCAAUGAGAGGCUCAAAGAGGAGAUGCGAAACCUGCAGAUCUCUUUGAGCGGAUCCGCUUUCGAGAGUCCUUACGGGCCGGAAGUGGAUCCCGAGAAGGCUCCCGAAGCCAUCAGUAAAGCGGUGGCCAGUCUUCCUCCCGAACAGAUGUAUGAAUUGGCAAAACAGAUGAAGCAAUGCAUUCAAACGAAUCCAUCGGAGGCCAGGAAUAUGUUGAUACAGAACCCACAGUUGGCCUACGCUUUGCUACAGGCGCUCGUUGUGAUGCGAGUGGUGGACCCACAGGUGGCUAUGUCUGUGUUGCACCGCCCGAACACCACUCAGCCUCAGGUGCUUCUGCCACACACUGGACCCACGCCGCAGAUCAUACCUCCGCCACAACAGCCAAUCUUCGACCCUCGAGACCAAUACGCAGCGCAACAGCGAUCGGGUCCUCCGCCGCCACAAAUGGCUCCUCAGCCGCAACCACAACAGCCUUUCGAUAACCGAAUGCAUGAUCCGCGACACGACCCCCGACUCAGAGAUGUCCCCCAAUUUGAUCGAUUCGGUCCGCCGGCGGCGCAGAUGUCGACAUCGAUUCCGCCGCAGAAUUUAGAUCCCAGAACGCGACCAAUUGAUCCCAGAAUUCAGUCUCAAAUGCCGCCACAAAACGUUAGAGGAGUGGCCGGAAACGCAGCCAUUGGUAUGAAUCGGGGCGCCGGAGGACAGCAACCAUUUUCGGGACCCAAUAUACAACUGCCACCUAAUUUCGGAGCAAUGACUCAAUCGGGCGGUAAUAUGAGUGUGAAUCAGGAGCAGGAGAAGGCACAGCUCAUUAUGCAGGUGUUGGCCCUCUCUGACCAUCAAAUAGCUAUGUUGCCAUCAGAACAACGCGACUCCAUUCUUAUGCUUAAGCAACAGAUCCAGAGGGGAAGCAAUUGA